CUUUAGUCAAGCGGCGAUCGUCAUUUGUUGUUGUAACCAUUGGAAAUAUGUAACAAGUUUGUAAGCAAAAAACUAGUGUGCUGUGGCUCUUUGUGUAACAUCAAGAUAGCCGUGACAACGCUUCCGGUUUUUUAUCACAGGAAAAUGCCAACUUGAUUGGUGAAAAAUGCCAACGGUCGUGUCAAAAUUCUUGUCCAAGGGCGAGGCAGCCCUGAAUGUGAACCGAAGGGCGCUUUCGGGGGCCGUGGUGGCCGCGGCCCUUUUUGCCUACACGUACAAAAUCGCCUAUCCUCUUCUAACACGUAAAACGGACGUAAACAUCAACAAUAAUCUAGUCAGAAGAAAUAUCCAAAAUGGGCUCAAAAGCAACAAAUUGCCCAAAAGACACCGCUUACGUAAUACCAUCCCGGCCCUGAAUCUACAAUUUAUUUUGCAAUUUAUCAAGUUGGCGAGGAUUAUGAUUCCGAGUGUUUUUUGUGCCGAGAUUGGCCUUCUGGGAGGGCACACGACGUUUUUGUUUUUGCGGACGUUUUUGAGCAUUUAUGUGGCGAACUUGGAGGGGGCCAUUGUCAAAUAUAUCGUAAGAAAAGAGCCGAAAAAUUUUAUCAAACAGUUGGUUAAGUGGUUUGCUGUUGCAAUUCCGGCCACUUUUAUCAACAGCAUGAUCAAAUAUUUGGAGAGCAAGAUUGCGCUGAGCUUCAGGACGCGAUUAGUGGAACAUUCGUACCAACUAUACUUCAGGAACCAAAGUUAUUACAGGGUCACCGUCCUGGACGGACGCCUGGAUAAUUGCGCCCAGCGUCUCACCGACGACAUUGAGACCGUGGCCAGCACCGUUUCGCACCUUUACGGCCAGAUCACCAAGCCCAUGUUCGACAUCCUCCUCAUGGCCAUCGCGUUGGCCAACUUGGUCAAAAGUCGCAACGCCAACUUGAUCACAGGCCCCGCCAUCAUCUCAGGUGUUGUGAUUUUCUCAGCGUUGAUUUUACGGUUGGUUUCGCCACGUUUUGGCCAACUUGUGGCCCAGGAGGCUGAGAAAAAGGGUUAUUUACGUCAUGUGCACUCUCGAAUUGUUUCAAACGCCGAAGAAAUCGCCUUUUACGGCGGUCAUAAAGUCGAACAAUCGCAACUGCGCCAAGCCUUCCGCAUUUUGGCGCAACAUAUGGAGCACAUGUUCGGCGUAAAAUUAUGGUUUGUGAUGUUGGAGCAGUUUUUAAUGAAAUAUGUGUGGUCUGGCACGGGGAUGAUUGUGGUUUCGUUGCCGAUUUUAUUAUCUAGUGGGCCUGGGAAAGCCCCUACUGAGGGCGAAAUUUCCGAUAAUGUGGCCGAAAGGACGCAUUACUUCACCACGGCAAAAAAUCUACUGAUUACGGGUUCAAAUGCAGUUGAGAGAUUAAUGUCAAGUUAUAAAGAUAUCGUCGAGUUGGCGGGACAUACGGCCAGGGUGGCCAACAUGUUCACGGUUUUGGAGGAGGCGAGUCAAGGGAUUUAUCACAAGACCUUGGUUGAGAAGAAGGAGAAGUGUGGCGACUUUGAAAUUGAAUUUAAAGGCGACCAACCACUCGCUAAAGGCAAAUUAAUCGUCUCGACCACCAAUGAAAUCAUCCUCCGUAACGUCCCCAUAGUCACCCCCAAUUGUGACGUGGUGUGCCCCUCCUUAAGCCUCGAAUUAAAGCCGGGCCAACACUUGCUCAUUACGGGCCCUAAUGGCUGCGGAAAAUCCAGCCUUUUCCGCAUUCUAAGUGGGCUGUGGCCCAUCUAUGGAGGCGAACUCCACACCCCCAAGAACUCAAUGUUCUACAUCCCCCAGCGGCCAUACAUGGUCAUAGGCAACUUGAGAGACCAGAUCAUUUAUCCGGACACAGCCACCGACAUGAUCAAUAAACAAGUGAGCGAGGAUGAGCUCCGGAAAAUCAUGCGAUUGGUGCACUUGGAGCACAUCGUCGAGAGGGACACCUUCCACCAGGUCAAGGAUUGGACGGAUAUUUUGUCAGGCGGCGAAAAGCAGCGAAUGGCAAUCGCGCGAUUGUUUUACCACAAGCCGAAGUACGCGCUGUUGGACGAGUGCACGUCGGCGGUGUCCAUAGAUGUUGAAAGCUUCAUUUAUCAAACGGCCAUUGACAUGGGAAUCACACUUUUGACAAUUACGCAUCGGCCCACUCUUUGGAAAUUUCACACUCAUAUUUUGCAAUUUGACGGCACAGGUGCGUGGAAGUUUGAAGAAUUGAAUGCCAAUAAUAGGCUCAGUUUGAAGAAGGAGAAAGAGGAAUUAAUGAAGAAGAAAAGUACUGAAGAAACCAUUCAAAGACUCAAUGAACUGAACAAACUUUUAGGCGAAGAUGACUAGAUCGUGUAGUUCAAUAGCUCUAGCUGGUGAAUUGACAGAGAUAUCAAUUAAAGUUGAUUUAUUUAUU